CACAUGGUUUUGUAACCUUGGGCGGACGGCUGAGGUCGAAUGGUGGGUGUAGAUUUGGAACCGUUGUAAAAAUAGUGCGCGAUUAAAGAAUGCGAGAUCAUUGCUCAGGUCAACUGAAACCGUCAAAAGUGUUCGACUGGAAGCAAUUGCAAAUACAAAAGCUUACAGUUUCAAAAUUACGGAAUUUGCGAGCCAUAUGUAGCCAGAUUACAAGGGAGACGCACUGUGGAACUUAAUUUUAGAAAUGUCAUUCCAAAAGAAUCUGUAAACAGCUUGGACUAAAGUUUCGUUUUGCGAGAAACGAAAGUGAAACGGAUCGAAAAACAUCGCAGAGUUCCUAUUCGCCUGUGAGCCAUGGCGGCGAGCGCUGGCUAUCCAUAUCCUGUCCUGGUAGAAGGGGACUGGACUCUAGAGAUCGCUAAAGUUUUGAAAACUAAACUUCAGGUAUAUUUCCAAAGUAAAAAAAAAUCGAAUGGCGGAGACUGCUUCGUGGAAUUCGGCGAUCUCUCUGAAAAGCAAGUCGUCGUCUGGUUCGCCUGUCAGCAAACAAGAUGCCAAGUGUUGGAGAAAGAAACACAUGAAAUCGAUUUGCAAAAGAGAGGGAAAAUUCACUUAACUGUCAAAACUCUACCUCAAGCAGAUUGGGACUCGACCACAGCACCACAACUGACUCCAGGACAGUCUGACCAGGAUACUGUAAGAAAACUACAUGAGACAAAAACAGGCUCUCAGGCAGUGUUGAAGCAAGAAGCCCAUUCAGAGGAUACUGAUCAAUUAACGAGGAGACUUCACGAAGAUAAGGAUGAAGAUCCUGCGCAAUCCUCAGCUGUAGUGUUACAAAAUCUUCCCAAAGACAGCACAUGUGAAAUGCUAAAUCUGCUAAUUGAAAAUUUUACUGGAUUAACUGAAGAAACUGGUCAUUUCAGUCUGGAAAUAUUGAAUGAAAUGGAUGUGGCAGUUGUGGUUUUCAAAACUAACAUUGAUAUCAAUGACUUCAUUGAAAAGUGCUCCAGAAAAGCAUUGAGUAACAACCAAAAUAUUAUGGCACGGCAGCUGGAGAUAACAACAAGUGUGAGAGUGGAGAACCUACCUUCCAAUAUCAGUAACCAGUUCUUAAAACUGUACUUUGAAAGUUCGAGAAAUGGAUGUGGAGAAGUGACUGACAUUGAAAUGAUGUCUGAGGACGAUGUAGCAAUUGUUUCUUUUGGAGAUUCUAAUGUUCUGGAUACCAUCUUGGCUAAAACACAUGUUAUUGAGAAAACUCCAAUCUAUGUCUAUCCCUACUACAAGAGUUUGGGUUCAGCUUUAUAUGGCAAAAAAAGACCAUAUGUGAAAAUGCCUGAUCCCUUCACCUUCACGUUGGAUCCCUACAUCUUCCAAUUUCUUCAAAAGGAUAGAAGGCGAAUUGCAGAAAUCAAGGACAAAAUGUCAGUGCAUCAUUGUAACAUUGCAUUGUUAGACACAGACUUGUCAAACUCUAUCAAGAUAUCUCCAACAUUUUCAGGACAAGAAACUUCAUUAAAAAAGCUCGUAAAGAAUUGGAAACAGUUGGCUUCAGAUAAUUUAACUGGUAUCCUGUCAAAAUACAAAACCAUUAAUAAUAGCGUGAGGCAACAUACCUGGGAAAAAAUUCAGGGAGAUUUUAAGCAGCAUUUGAACCAAAAUAUUGUUGUUAUACCAGCUAUUUCAAAUGAACAAGUAAUUGUUGCUGGAGAAUCUGAGAGUGUAGAUAUUUUUCAACAAGAAUUCAAAUCACUCGUGGAUAGAGUCACUGAAGAAUUGGAAAGGGAGAAACAAAGUGUGACCAAGAAAGUGAGUUGUGAUCCCGCUAAAUGUAAUUUUUUAUUAAGCACUGGUCUUGAAAAGUGUGUUUCCACAAUAUUUCCAGACAUUACCAUGGAAUGCAAUGCAUCUGCAGGUGAUAUUACAUUAUAUGGUUUACCUAAAGAUGUUUUUGCUGCCAAAAGUAAAAUAUUGGAAGAACUUGUUCAAAUAAAAACAAAAAAACUUGAUAUGAACCCCCAUCUUAUUUAUUUUCUACAAAAGUUAGAUUCCAAUGAAGUUUCCUGCUGCUUGUUCAUAUCAAAUGGAAUCAACGCUAUGUAUGACAUUCAAGAUAACUGUGUCCUACUCAUAGGAGUUAAGGAUUCCUUUUUACGUGCAGCAGAAGAACAGAUCAAAAAAUGUCUGAAUUUCAAAAGCAUUAAGGUGGAAGAUUCAAGAGUCAUUGCAAUGCCUGAGUGGGCACAACUGAAACAAAAUUUGAUCACAAAGUUAAAUUCUCCCGUGAUACAAGUUGAAAUCAAAGUGAUGCCACUGGACGAGCAUUUGGAGAUCAUUAUCUCUGGCUAUUCUAGUGCUGUCAUGGAUGUUUUUGAAAUGCUUUCAGACUUUGUUAUGAAAAACACAAUCAUUCAAAAACAAGUUUCCUUGAAAUCUGCUGGAGUCCUGCAAUUUUUGAUGGACAUUAGGAAACUUGAUCUUCUCCACACAGCACCAAAGGACGUGAAAAUACAAGUUGAUGUUGUGGAAAAUGGUUCGAGCGUGUUACUAUCUGGUCCCCAAGUAUAUGUCCUCCAAAUGGAGAAUGACCUUUUAAAUGAAGCUGCCACAGUAAUUAGUUCUGUCCUUGAAAUUGCCAAACCGGGAACAAAGAAGAUUUUCAAAGAAAAGGAAGAUAUGUAUGUUUCUACACUAAUGCAUAGAUUUAAUUGCAUUCUAAAGAUGAUUGAAUCUGGUAACUUUGGGGACAGUGCUAAAUUGGGCCAAAGUCACUAUAAAGUGCAGUUACCUGGUGGACCCUUAGUAACUGUUUAUAGAGGAGACCUCUGCAAGAGUGAAGUUGAUGUGAUUGUCAAUGCAGCAAAUGAAAGUCUGCAGCACAUUGGAGGCCUUGCAGCAGAUCUACUAAAAGCAGCUGGCUCAACAUUGCAAACUCAGUGCAAUUGGAUUGUUAAGGAUCAAGGAUCCCUUGUGCCUGGAGAUGCAGUUAUUACAAGUGCUGGUAAAUUACCAUGUUCCAGAGUGAUUCACGCAGUUGGUCCAAGAUGGAUGGAAGCUGAUGCAGACACAUCUAAGAAAUGCUUAAGGAAGGCCAUAAUCCAAAGUUUGACUCUUGCAGAAGCCCACAAUUUGAAGACAAUAGCAAUUCCUGCUAUUAGUUCAGGAAUAUUUGGAUUUCCUUUGAAUUUAUGUGCAGAAGUAAUUGUCAGAUCAAUAAGAGAGCACUGUGUGAACUCACAGGGUGGCAGUGCGCUAAAAGCAAUCCAUUUAGUAAAUCAUGAUGAACAAACAGUUUGUGCCAUUUCAGUUGCAGCUCAGAAAAUCUUGGGUGAAUUCGCACUUACUGGACCUACUCCCACACAGCCAAAAAGGCUUAACAGUGGCAGCAAGAUAAACAUCAGAAGCAUGAAUUGUGUGCACGAAGCCCAGACAAAGGAAGGUCUAAAUCUUUUUGUUCUCAAAGGCAGAAUUCAAGAUGUAGCUACUGAUAUCAUUGUAAACGUCAUUGGAAUGGAUUUUGAUCUUAGCAGUGGUACACUUUCCAAAGAACUGUUAAAGAAAGCUGGUCCAAAUCUCCAACAGUCACUGUUCCAUGAAAAGAACAGUAAAAAACAUGCUGUAGGAAAAAUUAUCGAAACAAAGGGAUUUAAUCUUAACUGUACUGAAGUCUUUCACGUUAUUGCUCCUCUUUGGGAUGAGGGGAAGGGAGAUGCAAAAAAGAUGUUAAAAAAUAUAAUCAAGGACUGUCUGAAGAAUACAGAAGCAUUACAGCUGACUUCCAUUGCAUUCCCAGCAAUUGGAACAGGAAAAUUGUGCUUUCCAAAGGAUCUUGUUGCAAACCUGAUGAUUGAAAAUACCAUCAAGUUCAGUAGUAAGGCAAAUGUAAAGCAUCUGAAGAAUGUUUAUUUUGUGAUAUAUCCUGAUGAUGUGUCUGUUUUGCAGGCAAUGUCCCGUGAAUUCAAAAGAACUUUUAAUCCCCAGCAGAAAAUGACACAGAGACCCUCAGGGAAUUUUUUUGGAACAGUUUCCUCACCUGCUGCAGAUCAUGUUGAAGUUCAAAUAGGACCGAUCUUGCUGCAAGUUGUAACAGGAGACAUAACAAAUGAGCAAACUGAUGUCAUUGUCAACUCAUCAAAUAGUAAUUUUACUCUGAGAGCAGGCGUUUCCAAGGCGAUAUUAGAUUCUGCUGGUCAAACUGUAGAAGAUGAAUGCAAAGCCCUUGGCUCCCAGCCAAACACUGGACUAAUAACAACAAAUCCAGGAAACUUACAGUGUAAAAAGAUAAUUCACAUGGUUGGACAAACAGACCCAAAUCAAAUGCGAGCUUUUAUUGGUGCAGUUCUUCAGAAGUGUGAAGAUAACAAACUAUCCUCAGUUGCUUUCCCUGCACUUGGAACAGGACAAGGACGAGUAAACCCUUCCCAGGUUGCCGAUGCAAUGAUUGAUUCAGUCUGUGAUUUUGUAAACAGAAAAUCUUCAACUUAUUUGCAGAAGAUUCGCAUUGUUAUUUUCCAACCACAAAUGUUCAGUGAAUUUCAGAACAGUCUGCAAAGACGUGAAAGGUCCAAUCUUCCAGAAUCAGAAUCUUUAUGGAAUAGGGCAAAAAAUGCAGUAACAGGACUUAUUUGGACUGAUCAAAGUAAAGAGAAGAAACAACACUUUAUUGAAAACCAUAUUAUAUUCAAAGAUCAGAUAGAUCCUGUUCUGUUUGAAAUCUGUGGAGGAAGCGAGCUAAUUGUACAAAAGGCGAAAUCCUUUAUACAAUGUUUAAUUUUAAAAGAACAAGAUGAGAAAAUCAUUUACAGUGAUUACUUAUUUCAGUUGUCUGAAAAAGAAGAAGAAGAAUUAACUGCACUCCAGAAGAAACUGCAAAUCACAAUAGAGUUGAAAUUUAAACUAUCUAAAGCUGAGGCCAUUAUUCGUGGUGCUGCGAAGGAUGUUUCAUCUGCUUAUUCUAAAAUUCAAGAAAUGAUUAAUAAUCUCAGAGCAGAAGAAUCCAAAAGAAGAGAUGAAGAACUUCUCAACAAUUUGGUGCAAUGGUACUUUGAACAAGGUACACAGCUUACACCUUUUGACAAAUCUGUGAACCUUGACCUGGAAAAGGCAUUCAGUCAGUUCAAAACUGAACUCUUCAUUGAUUGGCAGUCCAAAAAAUGGAGAGUGGAUUUCAAACAAAAUACUGCAGUUGACACUCAAGGAAACAUAAUUUGCUUGAAAAGGGCUUUGAAAACAGAAGGACUGGCAACAGACAACAUUCCUAGCCACUGGGAUGACAUGCAGAAAUCACAAUACAAAUUUAUACCGUUACAACAGCAAUCCCAAGAAUAUCAGGAAGUAGUGAAAUCAAUAACAGCAUCACAGAACUUAAUGAGACUAAAUAAACCGAUUAAGAUUGUGAAGAUUGAAAGAUUGCAAAACAUGUGCCUUUGGAAGAAUUAUAUGAUUAAAAAGCAACAGCUGGAAGAUAAGAAUCCUGCUGGCACUACUAAUGAACAUGUCCUAUUUCAUGGAACAGCACAAGACACGCUUGAUUCAAUCAACCAUCAUGGAUUUAAUCGUAGUUAUGCAGGAAGGAAUGCCACAGCACUCGGGAAGGGCACCUAUUUUGCUGUAAAUGCAAGUUAUUCUUAUCAGGAAACAUACUCAAGGACUGAUGCUCAUGGAUUUAAGCACAUAUAUCGUGCUCGAGUACUUACUGGAGUCUCCUGCCGAGGACAGCCAGGAAUGAUCACUCCCCCUUCAAAGUCUUCAACAAAUCCUACAGACUUGUAUGAUAGCGUCGUUGAUGAUGAACAAAACCCAACAAUGUUCGUCAUUUUCAAUGAUAUUCAAGCCUAUCCAGAAUAUUUAAUAACUUUUGCAUCAUAGAGUCAUUUCAGAUAGAAAAUCCCAUUAUAAUGGUUUGUUAUGUACUCUUUUACAUUUGUGUUGCUCAACUAAAAUUGUUUCUAACUUUCUUGAAACCUUUCAGUCAAUAUUGCAUACAUCUGUCCUGAAAUCAGUUUUUAGGUCAGGAAAAUCAGUCUGAAAAGCUAUUGAAAUUACUGGGUAGCAGGGCCAGAAAACUUUAUUUCAGGGUCUAAACAAUGAGUUUUAUUCCUGAUCAAGGAUGAAUUUCUGACUUUGUUUUUUGUAAGUUUCUAACACAAGAUUGUCUUGGACAGUCUCGAGACAGUUUCACAUGGGCAUAAGACUUAAGAAUAAACUGCUGAGAGAAAUGACUCUUAGAUUAGCAAAUAAAGAUUAUGUCAAUGCUUUUCGUAGUGUUUUUGAAAUAUAAGUUGAGCGUCUUUUGAAUAUUGAGGCUUCAAGUCUCAGGAGCAAAACUAUUAUCAACUCCCCUUCAACUUCCUGUAAAGUUCCCAUGUAGUUUUAGUAAAGUGCAGAUUCCCAAAAUAACUCAUGUCUUUGCAUUGAUAUCAGGGAAAUACUAAAUAUUCUCACAAUGCCAUCUGCACAGAUUUUGAAAAGUCUGCAUGAGGAAUACCUCAUGAAUCCUCUGUAGAGUACAAAUUAGUUAAGCUAAAAAGACAGCCACGGUCUAACUUUUGCUUAGCUGCUGGUAUUAGGUGUUUGUUCUUGCCUUUUUGAUCAGAUCAUCACCAGAUGAAUUCCCUUAACUUUAUUUGGCAACCAACAUUGGAUGUAAUAGUGAUGAUACUUGGUUCUGUGGUCUCCUAAACAGUUACUGAUCUGCUAGAUCAGAUUCAUGAUCAUUUCUGAUGUUAGCUUCUUCUGCUUGGUAGUUACUUACUUAAAGUGAAAGUGGAUGGGUUAUGAUGGGGAAUACUAUAAGUGGACAAUUAAACAGUGGUAAGACCAGUACCGAUGAGCAAAUAUGUACGCCUGUUGCUUUAACUUCAUUUGAAAAUGUUCCUAAUCAGAACACUUAGUGGGGAAGCAGAAAUCAGAAAUCCUAAUAGAGAUGACACACUGGAUCUGGGCUACCUGAAUACUCAACUUAUUACUGGAGAAAGCAGCAGAAUCAUAGAAAAUGAUGCAGGGAAAGUGAACUCAUUUGAAGUGGGUUAAAGCAGAGAAAGUGCCAGCCAUUGUGUUUCAAAAUUAGGUUCAUUGGACUGUCUGAUAAGAGUACUUAAAGACAUGAUAAAUCAGUUGAGGUGUUUCUGUAUGUAGCCUUACAAAAGAGACUCGUUUUUUAGCUUCAUUUGACUCGGAAAAAGUUUAGACUCAUAUUUGACCAUUUUUUCUCUAUGUAAAGGUGUAGUUUGGGAUUUCAACAUACCUGCAAAGACAGACUUUGACAAUAUGUGCAAAGUAUCAUUUUCCUAUAUCUACUGAGAUUCUCCUUUAUUUGGUAAUUCGUGGAUUUUAGUCAUUUUUGACACCAGAAGUAAGAAUUGAUGAAUGCUAAUGAUUGUAAAUUCUUUUAACUGUCAAUGAUUUCUUGGAAAUAUUCAAAUAUAUCACUGUACAUCACAUUCUUCCUGUUUGCAAUUUAUGUUUGGAAUUGUCAUGCAAAAUCAGAAAUGUGAUCUCUUAUUUUUCUUUGCAUUAACCCCCUGAUUCAAGGUCUAAGACAUACUUGUAAGACAUAUUUUUAUAUAGAAUUAAUAAAACUACCCGAUGUCCCAAUGUAGAAAUUCUAAAACUAUACAAAAACAGAACCCAUUGAGAAAUUUGGUUGAUUUUACAGUAAUUUUAUUUAUUUGUUCAUUAUAUGUAAGGAUAGCUGGCAAGGCCAGCAUUUGUUGGCCAACACAAUUGCCUUUGAAAACUUGCUAGUUGGCUGCGUUAAGGAACUGCUGCAGUCCAUGUGGUGCAGGGACGUCCACAGUGCUGCAUGGAAGGAAAUUCCAGGUUUUUGACCCAACAGCAGUGAAGACAUUGUGAUAUAAGUCCAAGUGAUGAUGCUGUGUUGCUUGAAGGGUAACUUAGGUGCUGGUAUUCCCAUGCAUUUUCCGCUCUAAUCUUUCUAGUUGGUGGGGUUCUUGAAUUUGAAAUGUGCUGUCGAAGGAGACAUGGCAAGUUUGUGCAGCGAGUCUUAUGGAUAGUACUUUCCAAUUAAGAAGUGAACAUUUAAGGUGGUGCAUGGGAUAUCAAUUAAACAGACUGCUUUAUCAUAGAUGUUAUCGAUGUUAUUGAAAUUCAUUGAAGUUGCAUUCAUCCAGCAAGGGGUGUAAACAGAGGAGAAUAAAAAAUUACCUGCUGUGAAUUCUCAGCUUCUGACCUGCACUGUAUUUAGAUAGUUGGUCAAGCUCAGUUUCUGGUCAAUUGUAUACCCCAAGAUGUUCAUGUUAGAGACCAUAGUACAACUGAAUAUCAAAAGGAGAUGGUUAAUGCCUGACACUUGUGAAAACAUUGUUUUUUUGCUAGCUGAAACCUGAAUAUUGUCAUGUCUUGUCCCAUGCAAGUGCAAACUGUUUCAGUAUCAGAGGAGUAACAGA